ACAGAAAUGCACACAUAUACAUCCCAGUAGCAAUUAAAACUUUAAAUAGAUAAAUAAUAAAACCUAUAACGUGAUAAAAACGCCAUAAAAACACUACAAUGAAGGGAAAAAUAGGGGGAACAUAGGGGGAACAGACUUCGACACAACACCGGCCGCGCGGACCGUCCGCGUGCAGCCCAAAAUUUGAGACCGCGCGGACAGUGCGCGUACAGUCCGCGUACGACAGCGCAUGCGCGUGAACAUAUUUAGACAGGGCACUCCACUAUAAACAAUUAUACAAAGGAAAUAGACAGCAUUUGCACACACACUAUCGUUUUUCUUCUUUAACUUUUACUUCUUCCAUGAACAGAAAGCCCUGGAUCAUGUUUGUUUGAUUCCUGUUCUUUGUUGUCUUAUUGUUUGUUCUAAACUGUGUUUGCAAUGGUGGAUCAGUUACUUUUCUUCACCUAUCCUAAUGUUUUAAUGUACUGUAAAUGUCGCCAAAUCAGUGCUGCCCUGACAGCCUGUUAGACUAAUAAUUUGAAUAAGAAAUCAUUUGAAUUGCGUAUAGUGUCGAACGCGGCCAUCCGCGUGUAGCCGCGGGGACUAUACUCGGAAAGCUGCGCGGACGCGUGCGCGCGCGAGCCGGACGCGGACGCGGAAAAAAGUAUACCCGGGCCUUCAGGACUAGUCCUGCCAAGGAAGUAUCCUUGACAUUGAGAAACGGCUAGUGGCUCAGUGACGUACUUAAGCCAUCGCGUAUGACCCCGCGAGCAUCCAUUGCUUUCCCUCGAGUGGGCGCAGUUUCACUUUCAGCGCCGAUAGCGGACACGCCCCCACCGCUUGAGAGCACUGACUGCCUAUUUUUCCAAGUUUUUUUUUUUUUUUUUUGGAUAAAUUAUUGUAUUUACUUGGCGUUUGUUUCCAGCUUCCAUAUUUGGGUGAUUAACAUUUUUGGGGUGACAAACUCAAAUCACAUUUAACAUCGGACUAGUUCCUGUUUACAUACAACAUAAUCUACACUACACUUACUAACGUAAAAUUAUAUACAUUUAGAAUUGAUUUAAUUAUUCAUUAAUACAUUUUAAUUUUGGUUAAGCUAGCGUCAUUUUGACACUUUAGUAAACGUAUUUUACAUUAUGCACUGAAGAUCUGUGGGGAGCGGUCUUGAUUAAUAUCCGGGGAGUGAGCCUGUCGGUCUCCAUAGAAACUACAAACUUUUGUUCAAGUGCAAUGGACGAGUAUCAAUCUGGCGAGGAGACUUCAUUUGUUGUGGACGAGAUCACAACAAUUAUCAAAGAGAGUCAAAUCAACCUGUGGUCAUCAAGCAUAGUGGAGUCAAGUUUGAACCAGCUAACUAAAUUAGGAAAGCCCUUCAAGUACAUAGUGACAUGUAUUCUACUGCAAAAAAAUGGGGCAGGUUUACACACUGCCAGUUCAUGUUUCUGGGACAACACUACAGAUGGGAGCUGCACCGUACGGUGGGAGAAUAAAACGAUGUACUGCAUAGUUAGUGUUUUUGGUCUUGCCAUUUGAGGAUAAAAUCAACAAGCAGAUCUCCUUCUCAUCUAAUCAAAAGCUUUUUGUCAACAAAGCAAUAUUUUCCCUGUUUGAUUUCCUGUUUUUAACUAAUAAAUUUUUUUGCAACAACAGACAUGAGUGUAGAUAUGAAUUUUUUUCUUAAAGGACAAUUUCGGUAUUUUACACUUAAA